UGGUCAAAUAUGUGAGUCAAAGUUCAUUAAAAUUUACCUCAACAUAAAACAUUUGUGUGGAUUUACUUGAAAACCAUGAGCGUAAUCCACUAAUCUCGUCGAAUUAAUUUAUUUUGCUGAAUUAAUGUUGCCGUUUUAAAUGCUGGUUUGACCAGGCCUUAAUGAAAGAUAGUGUUGCAUUAUGGGAAAUAUAAGAUACAGUGUUGGAGCUUGAUCUGGGGCUAAAAGUCUGGAAAUCCCGCGACCGCUAAUCGGAUUUUGAUUAUUGUUUUUUUAAAUUGUGUAUCUGGUGCGUCCCUCAAUUUUAUGUAAAUGCUAUGCUAAAUCACUGGAGUACCCCUUUAAGUAGGCCUACCGCACACACACACACACAAUACUUGGCUUAUGUUUAUGUAAAUGAUUAUUUAAAAAUGCCAUUGGGUAAACGAUAUCUCUACAAAGCAGCCUACUGAAUCCCACAAGCAUCAUAACUAUGAUGAUUAUAUGAGGACGGUGAUGAUGCAGUCUGAGAAAUAUGUCGCUGGAUAUCUGAUGAAUUCCUUUCACACACACACCUUUUCCUGUUCCCUGUUCCAGAAAACAACACAGGUAAUUACCACACAGGUGAAAUCAAACCAAACUGCAUUUUUGACAUCUCAGCUUGAUCAAAAAACUGUCUCAUGAGAACAGACAUUCAUGCAGAUGUUAUCAGUGUUAACAGAUUUAUAGCCUGCUUUUUAUAAACAAGUUUGUGACCAACCGUGCAUGAUUCCUACUGAAAAAAACAAUGUGCCUAGAACAAGUGUUUCACAUGAAUCAUAUCUUACAUGACUGUAGAAUGACUAUUAUAUCAAUAUUAUAUCAGAUAAGGUUAAGAAUAACACUACGUUGUCGCUAUCUCGCUAAAAAACACCACACUCCUCUAGGCUGUUAUAUAAACAGCUGUGUUUUUUUUUAUUGCAUAGUCUUAUUUCAAAACAUACAUCCAUUGCUGGUGUUAAACCAUCGCCUGCCAUAAUCCCCUCACAGAUGCGCACACACGCACACAUAUUGUACGGAUACAUACAUGCAAUCCGAUUGUGUCACACACCGUCACGGCCGCUGCGGGGCGCAGCUCCGUCACCGCAGACUGAAAACAACUGAGUGGAGGAGAAGCGCAGACCCAUCUCCGUCUCCGCAGUCUCCUUCUCAUCCUGCCCGUCUACUAGACUGACUGACUGCCAGAUCACCGCGCUGACCAAACUAAAUAAGUAGAACAACUCACUGCAUCGCUGACAGCAACUGGCUGUUUUUCCACCAACACUGGAGCACAACAGCAUGUGAAUGGCGACAGAAAGCAGCAGAGUUGUCACAGAGGAGCAGGAGGAGCUCCCGGCCUCUGAAGCCGUCACUCAUGCACACCACACACACACCCGGAGUCAGAGCCACAUCCAGUUUCACCCUCUGACACACACCACCCAGUGGCAGGCUCCUCGCGCUCUCGCUCAUACCAGGAGUCACAGUCACACUCACUUUAAUACUCCCUCACACACACCGUCGCAGAAGUACGGCUGUCGCCUCACACACAGUCUCUCAGCCAUGACCAAGGGAGAGAAGGGAGCGCAGGGCUCGGCGGGGAAGCUCAUCAAGGCUACUGACCCGCUGUUCACUAAAACACCUCACCAGACCGACUUGAACCACAAGUUGUCAUUAUGCAGCAAGCUGUGUUUUGCCAUCGGCGGCGCACCCAAGGAGGUGGCUGCCAGCGCCACAGCCUUCUUCCUGCAAAUCUACCUGCUGGAUGUCGCUCAGAUCAACGCCUUCCAGGCGUCCAUGGUGCUGUUCAUCGGUAAAGCCUGGGGCGCAGUAACCGACCCUGUCGUCGGCUUCUUCAUUACAAAGAGCAGAUGGACAAAGAUUGGCAGGCUCAUGCCCUGGAUGGUGGGUUGCACUCCGUUUCUGGUGGUCUCCUACUUCUACCUCUGGUUUGUUCCUCCUUUCAUCAACGGCAGGUUCAUCUGGUACCUAGGCUUCUACUGCCUCUACCAAACCCUCAUUACUUGCUUCCACGUGCCUUAUUCUGCUCUCACCAUGUUCCUGAGCACAGACCAGAAGGAAAGAGACUCGGCCACUGCCUACCGAAUGACACUGGAGGUGCUGGGGACACUUGUGGGCGCUGCCAUCCAGGGUCAGAUUGUGGCUAGCGCUCACACUCUGAAGCACUGCCCGACUCACAACAUGUCUGCCGGUUACCUUGGCAACAGCAGUGGGGCAGAGAUCGUCAAGAGCCUGGUGCGCUCCCAGGACUACCUGUCACACUCUAAGGAGGUGUACAUGAUAGCUGCCGGUGUUAUAGGAGGAGUGUUCCUCAUCUGCACUGUGGUGAUGUUCCUGGGAGUCAAAGAGAGAGAUGAUCCAUAUGCCCCAAAGACAGAGAAGCAGAUCCCAUUCUAUAAGGGCUUCAUCCUGGUGAUGAGACACGGGCCGUACCUCACUCUGACUGCUGCAUUCCUCUUCAUCACUGUGGCCAUUCAGCUGGUACAGAGCAACUUUGUCCUCUUCUGUACUUACGCCGCCGACCUGAGGGAUCAUUUCCAGAAUAUUGUGCUGACCAUCCUGGUUUCUGCAGUGAUAAGCAUCCCACUCUGGCAAUGGUUCCUGCAGAGGUUUGGGAAGAAGACGGCAGCUUUUUGUGGUAUCACAUGGAUCAUGCCCUUCACCAUGAUGCUGGUGUUCAUCCCUAAUGUGGUGGUGGCCUACGUUGUGGCUGUUUCCUCUGGACUCAGCGUGGCCGCCUCGCUCCUGCUGCCAUGGUCUAUGCUGCCAGAUGUGGUGGAUGACUUCAGACUGGCCAACCCCUACUCUAAAGGCCAUGAAGCCAUCUUCUACUCAUUCUACGUUUUCUUCACCAAGUUUGCUGCAGGCAUCUCCCUGGGAGUGUCCACCUUAUGCCUGGAGUUUGCAGGAUAUAACACCGGCGCCUGCAAGCAGCCUGCUGCCGUCGUGUACACUCUGAAACUGCUGAUCGGUGCCGCCCCGGUGGCCUUCAUUGUUACAGGGUUAAUGAUCCUACUCCUCUAUCCCAUCAGUGAAGACGUUCGGCUCAGGAAUAAACUCUGCCUGGAAGAGCUACGGAAACAAAGCAUCAGCUCCAGAACAAUGGAAGAUUUGAGUAACGUGUGACCUGGAUCUUGAAUGGAGUGAAUUCACAAAGCCACGUAUUCCAGCGACGCAGCUGGAAGGUUGUUCAUUAGUGUAUAUUACACUGAGAAAUAGUUGAAUUGUUUUAAUGUAAACAUUUUUGUUUCAUUUUCACAUGAACAUGUACUGUAUAGUCAUCUUGGAUAUAUGAAUAUAUAAUAAGAUUACCUAAUUUAUAUAAAUGAAUGUAUAUCAUUAUUUGCUGUGUUUAGCUCUACAACACUGUUAUUUAUUUAUGAUAUAUGAUUACAGAGGGUUGAUGAUAUGGA